UUAAGAGGGCCAAAAGCUAAUAAAAACUCUAAUAUGCAUAAAAAGUGUAACUUUCGAAACAAAAAACUUUGUAAAAGAAAUGCAUAAAAAAUAAAUAAAAACAAAAAUGAAUAAAAAAAAGAAAACCGUGAUAUUGUGAAAACAAAGAGAUGAUUAAUCCAGAUGAUUCAGAAGACGGCUGCACCGGAGAAUUGCAUGGCUGCCAGACUUAUUCACAACUUUUCUCCACCACCCGCCGCUGCCACCACCCUCAAUCCCGUGUCGCUACUACUAAAAACAAACCCCAGCGAUAACAGAAGACACUCUGACGAACAUACCCGGAGAAAAGUCGUUGCUAGCCAUAAUCGUUGGACUCCCAAUAAUUCCCGAAGACUCUUAACUCCCGAUAAGACAGCUUUUAACGCCUGUUUUCGAGCAGAGACCGGCCAUCUGAACGCCUUGAUCUCCUCCAAGCAAUUUGUGAAGGUUCAGAAGCAAUUCUACCGGGAUUUCUCAUCGGUAUCACUUGGUGCACCACUGAAGAACAGCGACGCUCCUUUGCUGGGGGACUUGUGCAGUCAGUACCGUGCCAUCCUAGCCCACACAUCGGCGGACGUUAUACCAGGCGAGAACCAUCCGCAGCAUCAGUGCCAGCAGCGAAGAGGAAUCCACAGCCAGAAGCCUCAACAAGUUCUGAAAGAGGACCAACAUCAUCAGCGGAAGAUGGCCCAAAAAGCAGAGUUCGAGAGACUACCCACGAACGUGGUGCCGCGCCACUAUGAGUUGAUCCUGCAGCCCGAUUUGAAGGCUUUCACCUUCACGGGCAAGACCAUAGUACAAGUUCAUGUCAAGGAGCCCACCAGCCAAAUAACCUUAAAUGCCCUGGACAUCACCAUCGAUUCGGCGGAACUGCAGUUCGAGUGCAGCAAAUUCCAGCCAGAGAAGAUCGUGUAUUCGGCGGAGAAUGAGACGGCGACACUGGAGUUCACAAAGGAGAUCCCAGCAGAGACUGCCGGCGUACUGUACAUGACAUUUACCGGAGAGCUGAACGACAAGAUGAAGGGCUUCUACCGCAGCAAGUACUUUACGGCCGAAGGCGAGGAACGGUAUGCGGGAGUCACCCAGUUCGAAGCCACGGAUGCCAGGCGUUGUUUCCCCUGCUGGGAUGAGCCGGCGAUCAAGGCCACCUUCGACAUUACACUAGUGGUGCCCAAGGAUCGGGUAGCUCUCUCCAAUAUGCCCGUUCUAAAGGAGGACCCGCUGCCAAAUGGCCUACGUCGGGUUCGAUUUGAUCGGACGCCGGUUAUGUCCACUUAUCUGGUGGCCGUCGUUGUCGGGGAGUACGACUAUGUGGAGGGCAAGUCGGAGGACGGAGUGUUGGUUAGGGUAUUCACACCCGUUGGAAAGCGCGAGCAGGGUACCUUCGCUCUCGAGGUGGCCACCAAAGUGCUGCCUUACUACAAGGACUACUUCAAUAUCGCCUAUCCCCUUCCCAAAAUGGAUCUGAUUGCCAUUUCGGACUUCUCCGCGGGUGCCAUGGAGAACUGGGGCCUGGUCACGUACCGGGAGACCUUUGUGCUGGUGGAUCCCAAGAACACUUCUCUGAUGCGGAAGCAAUCGAUUGCCCUGACGGUGGGCCACGAAAUCGCCCAUCAGUGGUUUGGCAACCUGGUAACCAUGGAGUGGUGGACCCAUCUGUGGCUGAACGAGGGCUACGCCUCCUUUGUGGAGUUCCUAUGCGUCCAUCAUCUCUUCCCCGAGUACGACAUCUGGACGCAGUUUGUGACGGACAUGUACACCCGUGCCCUGGAGCUGGACUCCCUGAAGAACUCCCAUCCCAUCGAAGUGCCCGUGGGCCAUCCAUCCGAGAUCGAUGAGAUCUUUGACGAGAUUAGCUACAACAAGGGCGCCUCGGUGAUCCGCAUGUUGCACGACUACAUCGGCGAGGAUGACUUCAGAAAGGGCAUGAACCUGUACCUUACCCGGCACCAGUACGGGAACACCUGCACCGAGGACUUGUGGACGGCGUUGCAGGAGGCCUCCUCGAAAAAGGUGGCCGACGUCAUGUCGUCGUGGACCCAGCACAAGGGCUUCCCGGUGGUCAGCGUAGAGUCGGAGCAGAAGGAGCCGAAGCAACGGUUGCUCCGCCUGCGUCAGUGCAAGUUCACUGCCGAUGGAUCCACGGCUGAACAGGGCGACGACUGCCUCUGGGUGGUGCCAGUGUCGGUGUCUACGUCGAAGAACCCCACCGGAAUCGCGAAGACCUUCUUGCUGGAUAAGCCCUACAUGGAGGUGGUCCUGGAGAAUGUGGAGGAGGAUGACUGGAUCAAGAUAAAUCCAGGAACCGUGGGCUACUAUCGCACCCGGUACUCGCCAGAAAUGCUGGAACAGCUGAUGCCCGCUGUCGAGAAGAUGGAGCUUCCUCCGCUCGAUCGUCUGGGACUGAUCGACGAUAUGUUCGCCAUGGUGCAGGCGGGGCAUGCGGGCACCGCUGAAGUACUAGCUCUGGUGGACUCCUACCGCAACGAGACCAACUACACCGUGUGGACCGCCAUCACCAAUUCCCUGACCAACCUGCACAUCCUCAUCUCACACACGGAUCUCAUGGACGACUUCCAUCGCUUCGGCCGGUGUCUUUAUGAACCGGUGGCCGCACGUCUGGGCUGGGAGCCCCGUGACGGCGAGAACCAUCUGGAUACGUUGCUGCGAAGCCUGGUGCUCACCCGCCUGGUCUCCUUCCGCAGCGAAGAGGUCAUCGAGAUGGCACGCAAUCGCUUCCGCAGCCAUGUGAAUGGAACCAGCUUGUUGCCAGCUGAUCUCCGGACGACCUGUUACAAGGCUGUUCUGCAAGACGGAGACGAGGCCAUCUUUGAAGAAAUGCUUAAUCUGUACAGGGCAACCGACCUGCAUGAGGAGCAGGAUCGCAUUUCGAGGGCACUGGGCUGCAGCGGCGAUGUGAAGCUGCUGCGCCGCGUCAUUGACUUUGCGAUGUCGGGAGAAGUACGUGCCCAGGACUCUGUUUUCGUUAUUGUCGCCGUUGCCAUUAAUCCCAAGGGCCGUGACAUGGCCUGGGAGUUCUUCAAGGAGAACAACAAACAGCUCCUGGAACGCUAUCAGGGCGGUUUUCUGCUAUCCCGACUGAUCAAGUAUCUCAUCGAGAACUUUGCCUCGGAGGAGCGAGCCAAGGAAGUGGAGGACUUCUUCCAGGCAAACCCGAUACCUGGCACCGAGCGCACCGUAUCCCAGGCGGUGGAGACGAUUCGUCUAAAUGCCGCCUGGCUGUUAAGGGAUCAAUUGCAGCUGACCACUUAUCUGAGGGAAUCCAACUAAGACGCCAUCGAUGCCACCAGCAUACCAAAGCAUUUAACACCGCAGAGUAGUCGCUACAGAAGCACCACUAACAGCACCAGUAAACCGUAUAACCCAGACCCAUAACACCCAGUCACAAUUUAGUAUGCCAGCAAGGCCCCGGAAAAUGCCGGCGCCUCAUAGUUUAGCUUUAGUCAAGGAUCCACCUAAAUUCCUCCUUACUCCUCGGUACCGGAGUAAUGCAAUGAUUUAAUGUCCUGUUAACCGCGAAGAUCCAAUCCAAUGUGUAUUCCCAUUAUAGUUUCCUUUCCCUUGAAAAUUAUAUACGUGUUGAGUUUAUUACGAUAAAAUAAAUGCAAUUUCUAGUAAGAA